AUGCAUCGUGUGGCGGCUCUUGCCCUUUUGGGCCAGGUCGUUUCUGGCCAGUUGUUCACCAACUCCUCGACCGUCUCGACAACUCGCUCGUCGACUGUGCUCACCUCCUCCUCCACCACCGUGAUCACCACGUCCAUCCCGACUGUCAUCACCUCCGGAAGCUCCACCAUCACCACGCUGAUCCCGAUCACCGAGACCAGCGUCAGUGAGAUCGUCUCCGCUUCAACUGAUGACAAUGGCUUCACCUUCCCCACUGACGGCCCCACCACCGAGGAGACCCCGUCGUCGACGGAGAGCACGGAGUCCGCGUCUGCCACCGAGACCACCGACAUCACGACCACGGGUGAGCCCAUCAGCUCCACCGACAUCCCCUCGGAGACCACCGGCACCGACUCCAUCUCCGCCACCGGCACCGAGACUACUGCCACCGGCACUGAGACGGCCACCGGAACCGACUCCACCUCCACCCCGAGCGCCACCGUCGCUCCCAACCCCCAGAACGUUGGCGGCUUCACUCUCCUGGGCUGCUAUGGCUCUCCUUCUAGCUUCCCCACCUUCGACCUGACUCUGUCCGCCGAGUCCAUGACCAUCGACCGCUGCAUUGCUGCCUGCCCUGCCGGCAAGCGCUACGCUGGUCUCUUCGGCAACGACUGCUUCUGCGGUGACUUCGUCGAUGAUGUCAACGAGGUUGCCGUCACCGAAGACGAGUGCAACAUCCCCUGCCCCGGCAACCCAAGCCAGCGCUGCGGUGGCCGUGCCUCCGAGGCCGUCCUCAAGCGCCAGAUCAUCGCCGCUACCAUCCGCUUCACCGUCUACGUCCGCGUCGACGGUGCCAGCGGCACCGGCGCUGUCACCACCGCCACCGUCACCACCACCUUCACCGUCACCACCACUGGCACCGCCGGCACCGGAAUCGAGGUCGUCACCACCACCUACUGCCCCGUCUGCGCCGACUGCCAGGGCCCCUUCUGCUACAAGCCCAAGACUCCUCUCGUCCCUGGCCAGCCUUGCUGGGGUGACGACUGCUACAAGAAGCUUGUCUGCUACGGUGACUGGUGCACGUGGGACUACCCCUGCUACGGCGACUCCUGCGGACGCCGCCUCGUCUGGGAGAACGACUGCUGGAAGCCCGAGGUCUGCCACGGCGACGACUGUGGCCGCAAGGUCAUCUGCUCCAACGGCAACUGCGAGUACGCCACCUGCAACGGCUCCUGCAACAAGGAGAAGAUCAUCUGCUACGGCGACGUCUGCAAGGUCGAGGAGUGCGAGGGCGACGAGUGCAACAAGAAGUACGUCUGCUCCGACGGCUCGUGCCAGCACCAGACCUGCCCCUACACCGACGUCAACAAGCACUUCGACUGCAAGGACGGCAAGUGCGAGGAGGUUAAGCCCUGCGAGACCUGCAAGCCCGCUCCCCCCUGCACCGGUGACGCCUGCAACAUCAUCAUCACCCCUCCCCCCACCACCCAGGUCGUCUGCAACGGCGAUGCCUGCAAGACUGUUGUCGUCACUCCCCCUCCCGUCACCCAGACUCCUUACCCCACUGGCCCUGCUCCCGCUCCUGCUCCUACCGGCGAAAGGGGCCUCCUGUAA